GCAUUCAGCACUGUCUCUCAGUAUGUAACCACACACGCGCGCGCACACACACGCACACACACACUUCUACAGAAUGGAUGGUGGGGAUCGAGUUGGUUGACUUUAAGUUGAACGACAAAAACGGAGACAGCUGCUAGUGGAGCAUGGGUACAACUGCCAGCGCUGCCCCUCCACCACAGUCUGAGGGUUUCCAUAGCAACACCAUGACAGACAGCAGGCAGCCACUAAGCCCCGCCCCCUUUAUCCACAACAAUAGAGCCAAAUCCAUCAUCACCAAUAAAGUGGCUCCAGUCGUUAUCACCCUUAAUUGCAAAGAAGAGUUUCAGAUCCAUGAUGAUGUCAUCAAAACGAAUUACACACUGGGACGCAUUUCUGAUAACAUGCCUGAACACUUCUUGGUGCAGGGCUCCUACUUCAUGGUGUUAGAUGUGUUUGGAAAAGUGGACGUUCUCAACACAACUGCGUCAUGCGGCGCUCCAAACUUCCGGCAGGUCAGAGGUGAUUACCCAGUGUUUGGAAUGGGUCAGCCCAGCCUGGGUGGUUUCAAAAAGGUCCUGUACACCCUGCAGAGCCGAGGGCACGAGGAGGUGAUAGUUUUCUGUCUAAGGGAGGAGCCGGUUGUGUUCCUGCAUGUGGAGGAUGAUUUUGUUCCAUACACUCCAAGGAAAAAGGAGAACCUGCACGAGAACCUCCAGGGCCUGAGUAAGAACAUUCAUGUGGAGAACCUGGAACUCAACAUUAGGAAAGAGCUGCAUGACUUUGCCAGGCUGAACGAGAACACCUUCUACGUCUACAACAACAUUGAACAUUUUAAAGAUGAACCUCAGAGGAUCACCAUCACCUGUGAAGAGGACAUUCAUGUCACUGAAGAGGUUUACAGGAGACCUGUUUUCACCAUGCCAUCAUACAGGUAUCACCGUCUGCCGCUGCCAGUAGAUGGCGCUCCGCUGGAGGAGCACUUCGAUGCCUUUGUGAAUGUGUUAAGGGAGACGCCGUCUCUGUGUGUGAAAGGGGGUGGGGUCUGUCCUGCCCCUGCCCUGCUGUUCAGCUGUCAGGUGGGUGUGGGUCGUACCAACGUGGCCAUGAUCCUGGGGGCUCUGGUGAUGCAGAGAGUGAUGGGAAAUACACAAGCUUCACCGUCGACACCCCCCCCUGAUGAGGAAGAAUCAAGCAGUGAGGUGAAAGUUCACUUCCAGGUCAUUGAGAAACUCAUCAGUAAGCUGCCUAAAGGUCAACAAGUGGUAGAUGAGGUGGACCGAGCCGUGACUCUUUGUUCUGAAAUGCACAACAUCAAAGAUGCCAUUUAUGAGAACAAGAAGAAGCUGGAGGCCAUCGCAGAGGAUUACCAAACCCAGGGAAACAGUACUAAGCUGUACUUCCUACAGAGGCUGGUUCAGAGUUUGGAACUUUACUUUUACCUGAUCCUCUUCAACGCUUACCUGCAUGAACAGUAUCCACUUGCUUUCUCUCGGAGUUUCAGCCAGUGGCUGUGUGCUAACGCCUGGGUGUACCGCCUCCUGUCCUGGCUCAACCAAUCAGAGCUCAGAGCACCUGCUGACCUCAUCACGAAAGGUGCCAGAGUCCUGGUGGCAGAUGAGUUCCUGGUCUCAGAUGUUCUCCUCACUGUGAAGGAAAUGAAGGUGGCGAAUUUCAGACGAGUGUCCAAGAUGCCCAUCUACGGGAUGGCCCAGCCUACAGCCGAGGCCGUGGGCGUGGUCCUGUCGUACCUGGCGGAUGAGAGGAGGGGGUACUCGGUGGUUCUGUGGGUGUGUGUGCAGGAUGAGCUGGUGCUGGAGUGUAACGGUCAGAUCUUCUGCCCCCGAGAGCCGUCGUGUCCCGAGCAGCACAUCUCACUGGACAGCGCAUCAGCUCAGGAGAUAGAGGAGCUGGAAUGCUCCCUGAAGGAGGAGCUGUUGGGUUCUCAGAAGUGGUUGGAGGUGAUUCUGGAGCAGGAAAAGCAGAUGAAGAUGUUUAAGAGCUGCAGGACGUUGCAGGAGAUCUUCAGCACGCAGAAACAGAGUCACCAAGGCCUGCAGUACACACGCAUCCCUCUGCCGGAGUGUGCAGCUCCUCGGGAGGAGGACUUUGACAGACUGCUGGAUGUGAUGAAGAGUGUGUUAGCUGAAGACUCUCAUGCUGCGUUUGUAUUUAAUUGCUCAAACGGCAGCAGCAGGAGCACCACGGCCAUGACCAUCGCCACACUCACACUCUGGCACUUUAACGGCUUCCCUGAGUUUGGAGAGGAAGAGAUCGUCAGUGUUCCUGAUGCUAAAUACACCAAGGGGGAGUUUGAGGUGGUGAUGCAUUUGAUCAGACUCCUCCCUGAUGGUCACAGGAUGAAGAGGGAGGUUGAUAUUGCGCUGGAUUCUGUCAGUGAGACGAUGACACCGAUGCACCAUCACCUGCGGGAGAUCAUCAUCUGCACAUACAGACAGAUGAAGAGCUGUAAGAAUGAGCAGGAGCGUGGCUCUCUCCUGUUGAAGAGUGUACAGUAUCUGGAGCGCUACAUUUACCUGAUCCUCUUCAACACCUACCUGCACCUGGAGAAGAAGAGCUCCCUCCAGCGCUCCUUCUGCACCUGGAUGCACCAGGUGGCAGCCCGAGCAGGAGUGUACGACCUCCUGAACCAGCUGACAUUCUCAGAGUUUGAGAACGUAAAAGACUCGGUUGUCUCCCGUCUCCGGUUCCGCUGGAGAGAGCGGACCAACCGGAACCUUCCAUCCAGGGGGGCGGUCAUCUGAAAGAGGGGGUGGGGAAAGUGAUGCAAUAGGAGGGGCUACAACUGAUGGAAAGGAAGUGAAAAAGACAAAGAGAAAAUAGAAAUCUGAAGAUGCUGAUUUUUUAUGAUCACUGUGCUUUGGGAAAUUAUUUUGAUGAUAAUAUUCGUUAUAUUUUUAAUUUAGUGCACGAUUAGACUUCGUCAUGUAAUGCAUUCGAUUCAAAUCAAGUUCCUUUAACACGCAGCACCAUUGUUUAAUCCAUUUUUUAAUUAAUUUCAAUUUCAUUUUUUAUCUACUCUUUCUCUCUUUUUUUUGUUUUUACUGAAGCCCCGUUCUGGAUGAGUUGUGAAACGCGGUGCACCGUGCAGCAGCUUCACCUCAUCCUCGUUUCAGUAAACCAUCUGCUGCUCUGUCUGUCAGGCGGCGAUGUUGUUUAAAUCCGCUAAAGGUUUAAUUCACUUCGAAACGCGAGAACACAGAGGAGCAGGCAUCCCGAUACACCUGAGUGACAGGUAUCCCUGGGUCAAAAGGGGUGGAGCUUCAGUUCAACUUGAUCAGCCAAUCAUUAACCUAACUUUAGUGAGCAAAUUAAAUUCCCUCUUGGGUUGGCUCGCAUGUUUGUUGUAUCAGAGAUGUCCACAAGCACCGGUGACCAGUGGUUUUCUCCGCCUACACAGACGGUCUGCGCCAACUACUCGAUCCCCGAAAAACAGCAACUUGCCUUUCAAUGUUCAAGCGAUUAAUAUUGUCUCUGCUGCCCAGAAUUUGCUGCAAAUCCAAUUAUUCCACCACCAAACUGUCUUCGAUUCGGGUCAUGACCAGAAGCAGCACCAUAUUUGUUGAUCGAUUCUCGUGACCACACCGUAGCGUGUGUAGUUAUGUUACAGAGCCAGGCAGCGUACUACAGAGGGGAAGUCAGAAAGCCAAGCACACACACACACACACACACAUCUGGAGGGAAAUUUCAUACAUAUUUUGCGAGUAUUUUACAGGGAAAUAUUUAGUAUUUUUUAGCUGAGAAUGCACCAGAAGGCAUGUCAAUUUCAAAAUUUAAUCGCCACAAAUUCCAGAAUUGCCUACUACUUUUUUUUUUAGCCAGCUGCUUCAGAUUUUCUGGAGAACCCUGUUGCAUUAUGUAAAAUAAUAAUUCAGGCGAGUUACAGUCUGUCCAUCGCAGGAUGCUCGUCACUAUGUUCACACUAACACAUGAGGCUCUUGAAGGUGUUACUGCGUACGCGUUUGACUUGCCUAGCAUUUCUGUUCCAAUGAAAAACAGUAAACCUGUGACUUCUGAAGCGCUGAUGAGACGCUGAAUACGACAGAAUGAGAUAAAACCACGCAGAAGUUUGUCUUCCAUUGUUGAGCAUCAAAUAGUGAAUUAAUUCCACUAACUGUAGGGAAGAAGUGAAGUUGUGAACAGAGAACUGGAAAGAAAAGACCACCUCAGACCAUGUGAUCGAUUCGGCUUUGUUACUUUACUGAGUCACGAUUCAUUUGUAUAGAAUUGAGAAAAUUUCACUUCCGAUGUCAUUGAUUACAGUGUCACUUUCUGAUGAACUCACGGCUCCAUGUUGCGUAAGUACGCUGCAACCGUGCUCUAACAAACUCCUUUACUACAGACUUUUGUGUCUAAUGAACUAACUUUAUGUCCCUCGCCUUUAAUGACGGUAAGUUUGAGCCUUCACUGAAACAUCACUGAGCCGUGCACUCCUCUUCCCCCCAGAGACAAACAAUGAUCAAUCAAGUCCACAGUCGAGUUAACAAUACGUCUUAACGCCAUAAAACAAAGGAUUAAUGAGUCUCGCUUAAGUGUCGAUCACUAAAAAUGAUUGAGAACGGUGAUCAUGGACUUCAAAAAAUCCCUUAAAAGGACUUUAUUUUAUGAGCUAAAGGAAGUUCUAGUCGAGUUUUUUACUCCAUAAGCAUUGUUGUCAUGGUUACUCAUUGUCCCAUCCACGCACUCUGAGCACACGCACAGCACCAUUAGGACUAAUUACAGUACCAUGCACCUGUUCCAGAUUUGAGCACAAUCACAGCAUGUGCUUAUAAGGACUCUGUAAACACACAGACUGGGUGAAGUAUACAUGCUGUACCAAGUGUCUAACGUUACCAAGCCUUAGUAUCUGUGUGCCUGUGUGAUUCACUCUGGUAUUCUGUUUGUGUCUCGCUCCAUCGUUGCCCGUUCCACGACCCUGCCUCUGUCUUCCAUUUUUGAAUUGUUUGCCUGCUGGUUUUUAAAUAAACACUCUUCCUGUAA